UGCUUGCGCUUGGAUUGCGCUCGUUUCAUUUUCCGACAACUGCGUUUUUGGUUAUCGCAAAGCAUCGUAAUAAUUCUGAGCGCUGUAAUUGAAAUUGGUUAUACAUCAUAACAGGGUGCGGCAGCCGGCAACGUCUUCUAUAUACCGUGCAAGGCUUCCUGACUAAGGCCCUAAGUCCCGGAACAAGGAGGAAAAGGUUGUGAGGCGAAGCUCAGCUCGCCAUGUCUGUCAUUUGCUCGGACCGAAAAUGGCAGCACCCCGACCUGGCCGUCGAGAGGGCAUCUCCGGCCUUCGACAUCGAGGAGAUGACCAACUUUGUCGACGGAGGAAAAGAUAAAACAGAAAUGAAAAGAAAUACAUGGUCCAAGGUGCUGAACCAUCCGGAGCUGCGUAACACAAAGGCCACAGAGUAUAUGAGCCACGAGGAAAAGUACCGCUACAACCUGUCGCGAGCCACCGCCAUGCUGAAACUCAUCGACGAGGAGGGCAUGGACGUUAACGAGAUCAGUAAGGUGAUGAGUCACACGGUCUCGGGCUUCACCACGCCGGACGGAAACCCUCUGGCCGUACACCAGGUGAUGUUCGUGCCCACGCUGAUGAACCAGGCAGACGACGAGCAGGUGUCCCGCUGGCUCGGCGACGUCUUCAACGGCACCAUCGUCGGCACGUACGCGCAGACGGAGCUGAGUCACGGCACGUUUGUCCGCGGCCUGCGGACCACGGCCACCUACGACCCGGCCAGCCGCACGUUCGACCUGCACACACCCGACGUCAGUGCCGCCAAAUGGUGGCCCGGAGGGCUGGGCACCACGGCCAACCAUGCCGUGGUGAUGGCGCAGCUGUAUACGGACGGCCAGCCGCGCGGUAUCCACCCCUUCAUGGUGGCCAUACGAGAUCGCGAGACGCACCGGCCGCUACCUGGCAUCACUGUGGGCGAGAUUGGACCGAAGCUGGGACAGAACACGCUCAACAACGGCUACCUCUUGUUCGACCACGUCAAGGUGCCCCGGGAGAACAUGCUCAUGAGGAACGCGCGAGUGAAUGAGGACGGCUCCUACACGAAGCCGUCCCACCAGAAGGCCAGCUACGGCACGAUGGUGUUCACCCGGGUGGCCAUCGCUCUGGACACGGUGGACGCCCUGCAGAUCGCUGCCACCAUCGCCGCCCGCUACAGCAUCGUCCGGAGGCAGGGCGAGCCGCGAGACGACGGUCAGGAGCCGCAGAUUAUCGACUACCAGACGCAGCAGCUGAAGGUUCUGCCGCACAUUGCCGCGUGUUACGUGCUGCGUGCGUCCACCGCCCGCCUCUGGGAGCACCACACUCACGUGACGAGCGAGGUGCGCGGUGGUGACACCGCCCUGCUGCCCGAGCUGCAUGCCACGGCCUGCUGCCUGAAGGCGCUCGUCACCCAGGACUGCAGUGAGGCCAUCGAGGCGCUGCGCCUCUCGUGCGGCGGACACGGCUACAUGACCGCCUCUCGGCUGCCGGCGCUGUACGCCUACGCCACGGCCGGCGCCACGUACGAGGGCGAGAACACGGUGCUGCUGCUGCAGACGGCCAGGUACCUGGUGAAACAGGCGGGAGGCAGCCACGCGCCACCAGCCGCCGGCAGCGCCGUCACCUACCUCUCGCGACCGGCCGACGACACGCCGUUCGCGGUCGGCUCGCCGGCGGCGUACGUGGCGGCGGUGGGACGCGUGGCGCGCGGACGUGUCACUGAGGUGGCCGCCGCCCUGCAGGCUGACCGGCAGACGAUGCCCGAGCCGGACGCCUGGAACCAGUCGCUCGUACAGCUGGUGGCCGCGGCCCUGGCGCACGGCCGCUAUUUCGUGGUGCGCGAGUUUGCCGAGGUGGUGAGCCAGCAGAGCAGCAGCCGGGCCAUUCAGCAGAUGCUGGAGCUGCUGUUCAGUGUGUACCUGGCGCACGCCGUCAGCCGAGCAGAGGGAGACUUCAUCACGUACGGCGGUCUGACGCCGUCCGACAUCCGCCUGAACCGCCGCCACCUGCUGCGACUGCUGGCCGAGCUGCGGCCCCACAUGAUACCUCUGACGGACGCGUUCGACCUGCCCGACCGGCUCAUCAACUCCACACUGGGAGCGUGGGACGGCGACGUCUACCGCAGGAUGUUCGAGCAGGCGAGUCACAGUCCCCUGAACACAGACGAGGUGCCCGCCUCUUUCCACCAGGCCAUGCGGUCCAAGCUGUAGUAGCCGCCUCUGGCGGCCAAGGUGUAGCCACUGCUGGUUGCCAACAACCUUAUGUCUUCUGAGACGGCUGCUCAGGCAGUGCCACAAGUAGCGUGCGGGCGUGGGAGCAGUACCCAGGUGCGUUUUUUACCGAGCUCUGGGGAGAAAGUCUAUCUUCUAGGAUAAAAGGAUGAGAUACAGCCUUGGAGGUAUAAUGGUUAUUUAUGCGGUAGAAUAGCGCAGAGAUGUUAUUUGUUCUGUGUGCGCAUAUUGGUGCUGGCGGGGAUCAAGGCAAGACGCCUGGAAAUGAUAGCAUCGUGGUGUGCAAUAUGUGAUAGCCGCAGCCUUUGAUACAAAGCUGUUUGAUGAAUUACUGAGGCACUAUGUGCGAGGGGUGGCACGCAUUUAUACGGGGAGGUUGGACCACGGGCUCAUUUACCAAGUUUGCGUGGAUAAUUGUAAUGCAUCACACGUGAAAUCAAAUACGCUGGAUGCCUGUGACUGAGGGCUGAAAUAGUGCUAAUUUUGGGAUGAACUGUGGUCAUUCCCCAGCUUUCUCUCGGCCGCGGAAUGUCAUACCCUAUAUAGAAGUGAGGCCAAGAUGAUGGCUUUAAAUAUUGGCUGGGUGGUUGAUCAUAUUGGAAUAAAAGAUCCCGCAAUGUUGAUCACCACGUAAGAUUAAUGCGUGAUUAGUAAAUUAUGUUGUUAGAUCCUAUCUUGUACCAACUUUGAUGGACUUCCGUGAUUGCUGAGCGAGCUUUGUCCAAGCACAUCCAUGACGAUGUACCGAGGCGAGUGCGUAAUUGUCAAGGCAGACGAUAAUAAUAGCUGCCUGCACAGUGUACACUACUGUCUGUAGGCAUCUUAGUAAUAAUACUGCACCGGCCGCCCCACGUCCAUGCCGUGAACCGUGAACUGUCGUUGUCUGGGCGAGCUGGUCCGUGAAUCGUGAUGCAUGUUCUAUGCAGAUAAAAGUGGUUAAUUCGUGCAGUCAUAACGUGAUUGGACAGAUGCCUACAAGCUGGAUGCUUUGAAUACAUUACACAUGUGAAUAUAAUAAAAACAUUU